AUGGAACACCAGGAAAUCGAAAAAUCGCCGAAAGGAGUACUAUCUGAUAUGGACAGGAUAUCCGUCAAUAGCUAUGAUGCUGCCGUUGAUACCCAUCGAAUUCGCUGGAAUAAACCUCAAGAUACUGAGGGUACUCCAGAAGUAGCACCAUGUGGACUGUCACAAAAGACUUUCAAAAUGCUGGCAGGACUUGUGAUUGUAAUUGCAAUUGCCGUCUCCUGGGUUGGCUCCACUCAAUUUGCACAGAGCACCUAUAGCGCAACAUUUUUUGCACCGUAUUUCACAACCUGGUUUUCUACCUGCUGGAUUAUUGUAUGUUACCCGACCAUGUUACUUGUUGGUAAGCUGAAGGGCAGGUCAUUUACUGAAAUGUACAGGGAGAGCGAAACUAUCUACGGCCCGCGUGGGUUAUGCUUGAUGAACAUACUCAAAAUUGCUCUUCCAUUCUGUAUUUGCUGGAUAGUAGCCAAUUUCCUGUACAUUUACGCUUUGGGAUUAAUUCAGCCAUCCGACGUAACAGCAAUCUUCUCGUCGACGUCAGCUUUUGUAUAUGUUUUUUCCUUAAUCUGGUUAAAGGAAUCAUUUAUGAUACUUAGGGCGAUGGCUACCGCAAUAUCAAUUGUUGGAAUAGUUCUCUUUGCCUACUCAGACGGCUUUGGUCGCUUUCAAUUAGUUGGGGUAUUCUUGACUGUUGGGGGUUCGAUUGCGGCAUCUCUGUAUAAGGUAUGGUUAAAACGAGUUGUUGGAAACGCUUCUUUUAACCAGAUAGGUUUUUUCCUGUCUGUAUUAGGACUUUUGAAUCUUCUCCUGUUUUGGCCAAUUAUUUUAAUUUUGUAUUAUACAAACGCUGAGACAAUUGAUUGGAAUAAUCUUCCAAUAACUUUCUUAUGUGGUUCAGCAGUUUUGGGUGUAGCGUUUAAUUUCCUUGUAAACUUUGGUAUCGCCUUCACAUUUCCGCUGUUUAUUUCGCUUGGAACUGUAAUUGGUAUUCCAAUAAAUGCGUUAGUUGACACGAUAUUUCGCCAGAAAAGCUUUGGUGCUAUUAAGAUUGGUGGUAGCGCUUGCAUUAUUAUCGGGUUCUUGGUAAUGCUAAUCGGGGAUGAGAAAUCCCGACAAAUAUCUGAUAAUAUUAUGAGCAUUUUAUGCUGUGGAAGAUCAGUUCAAUUUUGCCAUAGAUCUACUGAUAAUCUUAAAGAAGAUGAGUUAGAGAGUGACCCUAAAGAUAUUCCUUCAGUAGCAGAUAUGAAUAGUCACAAUAAAAUUGAAAAUGGAGUGAAAGCGUGA